AUGUACUUAGGGUGUGUUCCGAAUUCUGGUUCGGAUCACAAGGAGCUGAGUUGGCGAAAUCGAGGAUGGCAAGAUCGCCUUCGUCUUGUUACACUAGGAGGCGGCCUGAUUCUCGAAUCCCUAAGCAGUUUCAGAUGCGCGCGCGCCAACGUGUGCGUCUACUCGGGCAGGUGGCAGUACGAGGCAACUCUAGGCUCCUCCAGCAUUCAGCAGAUUGGCUGGGCGGCAUUGGCGUGUCCGUUCACGGCAGAGGAGGGCGUGGGGGACGCGCCCGACUCGUAUGCUUUUGAUGGGAAGAGGGCGCGGAAGUGGAGUGGGUGGUCGGCUCAGUAUGGCCAGCCGUGGGCGGCGCAUGAUGUGAUUGGGUGUUGUAUUUUUCUGGAGGGGGAUGGGGGGGGGGUGGGAGGAGAGGGUGCAGGUUCGGAGGCUGCUGCUGCUGCUGCUGCUGGUAGUACUGCUGCUGGUGCUACUGCUGCUGCUGGUUCUGCUGGUAGUGUUGGUGUUGGUGGUGGCAGAAGGAGUGGCGGUGCUGCUGGUGCCGCUGGUGCUGGUGCUGCCGGUAGGGCAUCCAGUGGCGGCACGGCAGUGGGGAGAGUGACAUUCUACCGCAACGGGGAGUGUCUGGGAGUGGCGUUCACAGUAGUGAAGGCGCUACAAAGGGGCCUGGCCUACUUCCCAGCCAUCUCCAUCUCCCACGGGGAGCGCUGCGAGCUUAACUUCGGUGCGCGCCCCCCCCCAUCGAGCCUGCCAUUCCGAACCUGUCCGCUAGGCCCGGAUGACGAGGUUCUCCUGGUGGAGCUCCUACAGGGGCUAGUCACAGGUGGGGGGGAGCAGGGUGCAAACAGAAACAGCCUACAGCAGCAGCAGCAGCAGCAGAAGAAGCAGCAAAAGCAGCAAGGGUGGAGGAUGGUGGACCGAGUAAUGGACUCGCUUCACCUGUGUCUGGAGGACCGUGAGUGGUCCGGGAUCAUUCCGGCCCUCAUGGACGCCCUAGCCUUCUACUCCCGAACCUCCCUCGUAGGUUCGGCUGCAUUAACAGUGCCGAACCUAGCCGGUGCAGGAGCAGAAGCAGUUUCCGGCUCGGGAAAACCCCCAGAGGUUUGGCAAGAGGGGCGGGAUCCGUACCCGUACCUAUCCCUGGCCUGCCACUUAGCUCAGCGACAGGAGGUACUAAGCGCAUGGUGGGCUGCAGAAGGAUUCUCCUCCAAUCUAGAGGCAUUUCUGACACGCAGGGUAGCCACGAGGGUGGAUCUGCAGAGGGUGUUUCCCUCGCUGUGGUGGGCUGGCUGCAAGGAGGACGACUGCAGCGAAGCAGGCUUGCGCAAGAAGGCGCUUGUGAAGGCAACGUCUAGGGUGGAGCUCUGCCAAGUGUCGCUCUGCCGCUCUCUCCUCUUCUUUGUACCCUCUAAGAGCAUGACCGGGGCUUCGUCGACUUAUUCGCUUGCGACUGGCGGCGUGCUUGCACCGUUUUUGAGGAGCCUGAUCCGCAAGAACCGGGCGGCGAACAGGAAUAUUGUGCUGCCCGGGCUCUCGGAUAGUAGCGUGCUGGUGACGGUGUUUUUUGUCCUCUUGCGGCUGUUGUGGGCGGGGCUGGUGGGCCGUGGAGGCGGGAAACUGCAGAAGACAAAGAGAGCUGGGGUUUUAAGAGGGUCACAUGUCUUAGUAGAAUCAGGGAGUGGAAGAGAGGGAGAAGCAGAGGGAAUGGAGGUUGACUUUGAAAGAGGAACGUCAGGGAGGGAGGGUAGGCGGGUGGGGAAGGUAGAGAGGGAGGGAUGGGAAGUGGAGGAAGAGGAGGAGGAAGAGGAGGAGGAGGAGGGGGAAGAGGAAGAGGAGGAAGAGAGCGAGGAAGUAUCAAUGCUUCCGUGGCCAAGAACCCCCUCUGGGGCCAUCAGGAGCAGCUGGAGGGAGCGACAAGAGGCAAGCAGUGCCUUGGAUAGCAGCAGCAGCAUAGCAGCUGUUACAGCCACUGCCACUGCAGGCAUCAGCUUAGGUGCCACCGGCACUGCUGCCAUCCCUGCAGGGGGUUACCUGCAGCGUCACAGGCCGUGGAAUUUUCCUGUGGCCUUCUUCCUGCACCCGGAUUUGCAUUACUUUGACUUGCCACGCCUGGGCGGGCUGUUCAGCCACGUGGCCAAGGCCUUCCCCCUCUCCGCUCCCCAGGACUUUGCCAGCAUGGCAUGGAGUGAUGAUGACGCGGCGCUACAGCAGCAGGGCAUGGUGCAGGCGGUGGCACAGCUGGACGCGGACAGGCAGAUCGAAGCCUUCCUCCAUCCCUCCUACUCCCGCCUUCACCUCUCUCCCACUACUCCCUCUCCCGCCCCCUCCCCCUCCCCCAUUCCCCAGGCAGUACUGCAGCAGCAGGGCAUGGUGCAGGCGGUGGCGCAGCUGGAAGAUGCGGACAGGCAGAUCGCUGCUGCCAUGGGGGGGCGCACGGAGGGAGCUGCUGCCAUGGGGGGGCGCACGGAGGGAGCUGCUGCCAUGGGGGGGCGCACGGAGGGAGCUGCUGCCAUGGGGGGGCGCACGGAGGGAGCUGCUGCCAUGGGGGGGCGCACGGAGGGAGCUGCAACAGGGGGCGCUGCAGGGGGGUUGGGGACAGGUGGAGAGGCAGGCACAGGGGCGGCGACAGGGGCGGCGACAGGGGCGGCAACAGGGGCGGCGACAGGGGCAGGCCAAGGGGCAGGGGCAGCGGCAGGGGCAGCGGCGGGGGAGGAAGAGGGGGCUGAUGUGGGCGCUGCAGGAGCGGCAGCAGGGGCGGGUGUACCUGCAGUGGCAGCAACAGGGGGAACUGCGGGAGCCUCUGGGGGAGGUACAGCUGCCAGGGGAGGUGCAUCUGGGGGAGGUGCAUCCGGGGGAGGUGCAUCUGGGGGAGGUGCAUCCGAGGGAGGUGCAUCUAGAGGGGCCUUGGGAGGGUCAGUGCGGGCGCAGCAGUUGAGGGAGGCGAGGCAGGUGUUCCGAGAGGACGUGGAUGAGAGUGUGAGGCUUGCAGUGUGGUGGAGAGCGGUGCUGGGCGGUGCGGCGUGGAAGCAGAGGGCGCUGGUGGGGGUGAGCAGGAGGGUGAGCUCGCUGUUGCUGGCUGCGAGCAAGCGGGGCCACAUCUUUGCCUAUGUGCCCGAGGUCUACCUGGAAGCCAUGGUGCUGUUGGCUGCCAGCAAGCUGGGCCACAUCUUUGCCUACGUGCCCGAGGUCUACCUGGAAGCCAUGUGCAACUUCUGGCUCCUCCUUCCUCACCUCUCCCUCCACUUCCUCUCCUCCCACCCCUUCCCUUCCAUCUCUCGCACCUCUCCCGCUCGCACCACUCCAACUCGCACCUCUCCUGCACCCAUUCCCCCCAUCAUUCCCCCAUCUCUCCUCCAAUCUCUCCCCCCUGUUGUCUCUCCAGAUCGAGGCCUUCCAUGCCUUCAGGCGCUGCGACCCGCCUCUCUUCCGCCUCCGCCACUCCAUGCACCACCUUGCGCCCUUUGUGCCUCUGCCUCUCAGGAGGGUUCUGUCUCCCAGGUGACUCCCCAUUGCCUUCACCACUCCCUCCACCAGUUGUACCUGCACCAGCCGAGCCUCUUCUCCCCUGUCCUCAACCGCCUUUUCAACACACUCAACUGGACUCUCACAGAAUUCCUAGUGGCGCUGAAAGAGGUGCAGGACUUGCAGCAGCAGGAGGAGGAGGAGCAGCGGUGGCGGCGGAACCGGCGGCAGCAGCAGCAGGCGUGGGAGCUGCAGCAGCGCAAGUGCAGCGUCAUGUUUGACCUUACUUGUAACCUCGCCAGGCUGUUGGAAGUUCUCUGUGAGGCUUCUCCGGAGGUGUUUCUCUCUUCGAAGGGGGGAGGGGGCCGGGAAAAAGGGGAGAAGGCUCUAGAAGGGGGUGAAGCAGGAGGAGCAGCAGCAGCUGCGGGAGGAAGAGGAGGAGGAGGAGGAGGAGGAGGAGGAGGAGGUGAAGGAGAGAUGCAAGGAGUUUCAGGAGGAGAGGAGGGGAGGGCCAGGGUGGAGCUAGUCACUCAGGGCGAGGGAGAGGGAGGAAGAAAGUCCAUUGAAGCUGAAGGAGAAGCAAUGACAGCACUUGCACCUGCCACCACUCCUGCUUCCUCCACAUCCCCUGCUCCCUCUGCAUCCUCUGCUUCCUCUGCUUCCUCUGCAUCUGACGGCGCUCUAGAUCCUGAGAUGAACCGCAUGCGGCUGUUUGAGCUGCUGCUCUUCAUCCUCAACCACACGUGCUCUUCAUCCUCAACCACACGUGCUCUUCAUCCUCAACCACACGUGCUCUUCAUCCUCAACCACACGUGCUCUUCAUCCUCAACCACACGUCCUCUUCAUCCUCAACCACACGUGCUCUUCAUCCUCAACCACACGUGCUCGGGUGCUCAUGCACGCGCUCUUGAUGGUGUCCUGGAGGACCACGUCUCACCAUCCGACCAAUCGUCGCGCCCCAUGGUGCUCGCCCCCCUCGUGGGAAUCAUUGGCGGCCUCUUCUCGCACGCGCAGCGGGCCAAUGGGAGCGCGCCAGCUGGCAUGGUGCGGUCUGUGCUGCAGGCGGACCCCUCCCUGGACUGCCUGGCGGGGCUGGAGUACCUGCUGGGGUUGGACUGGAGGGAAGUGAGGAGGGCGAGAGGGACUAAGAGGGAGGGUGGUGUUGAUAGUGCUGCAGUGCAGACAGACCCCUCUCUUGACUGCCUGGCGGGGCUGGAGUACCUGCUGGGGUUCGACUGGGAGAGUGAGUUCAGCAGCCCACCAUCAGCGUGCCUGGCGGAUCUGCGCCUCUCUGUGGAGCAGCUCAGGCGGGAGCAGGCUGCUCGCAAGGCAGCUGCAGAGGCCGCUGCUGCUGCCGCUGCUGCAGCGCUCCUCCCUUUCCUGCACCUCCCAGGUCGCGGGAAGAAGGGCAAAGAGCACAUGCAAGAGCAAGGCACCACCGCAGAGGGGAUGGAUGGUGCUGCUGCUGGUGCUGGUACAGGGGAGGGGGAAGGUGAGGAGGAGGAGGAGGAGGAGGAGGAAGAGGGGGAGAUGUGCAGCAUAUGCUACGCGGCUCCCAGUGACACCCAGUUCAUCCCCUGUGGUCACUCCUCCUGUGAGCGCUGUGUGGCACGGCACCGCCUCAACAGCCCCCGCUGCUUCUUCUGCAAUGCUGUUAUCGAGCGACUGGCAGCGAAGCACAGAGUUAGGACACCUGUAGCAGUGUUGCGAAUCUGA